AUUCGAAAUGCUUGCUCUGACCGCCAUACUUGCCGCUCUCAUCAUCGUGGUCUCCGCCGCUCCUCACGGUCCUACACGGACGGUGGAGAAACGCGAACCGCAUCCGGCUGUCAUCACGCUUCCUACUCCUGGGACCGAGAUUUGGGCACCGUGGGACUCAGAUAUAUCUUCGACGCCCGGUUACUUCCAGUUUCCAUUGAUUAUGGUCGACGGUGAAACUAUGUCGACUUACGCUAGAGUGGCCUUGACAAACAGUUCCGGUACUUACCCCAUUGGGGAGGAGAUCCACGUGUACGAUAGCUGGACGUUUGAGGCUAUCGUUGCUUCGAGUUUAUCUGUCGUGGCUCCCGGAGCCUAUGUACUUGAUGUGCAAGAGCAAGAUUCUUCCGACGACGGAUGGUACACGGCGGUGUCGACCAAUGUCACGGUCUACUCUGAGAUGUGUGGGACGGAUCCGACUUGUUGCUGGUCGUGCUGUCCCAUCUGCCCAUGAGGCACUUCAUCCCCAUCUUGCUAGCUUCUCCAUAUUUAUUCUAGUGCUCUCCCGGAUAAUUCGCGAAUGAGAGUACUAUUAUGUUUUGUUCUGUAACGAAACAUGUUCAAGUUCC